AUGACUAACAAGAGAAUCGACCGUGAAACUGGAGAAUUAGCCGACGAAAAUUAUGAAGAACGUCUGAUGUUUAAUUAUCAUAAUGUGAGUAACGAAACUGGUGAACCUGAGAUUAAUGAUGUGGGUGAAUUCGACAGACGCCUACCAUUUAAAAUACCGAGAGAGAUAAGAGAAGAAUUAUUAUCAAAGCAAGAGAAAAAUUUAAGUGAUAGGAGACUUAAAGAUUUACUACCACUGUGCGAAGGCACAGCUUUUGGAGAAAUUAAUCCAGUAUUUUUGUUUUUACCCGCUGUUAUUUACUUCAAGUGGUUCGCGAUAUCAUUGAUGAUUUUUGAAGUCAUUUUUCACGGUUGGUCGCAUCAUAAAAAUAAAACCCUCAAAGAUGUUUAUUAUCGCUCGCCUUUUCAUGGAAUAACAUCGGAAUACUGCGCGCUUUGUCAAUUUGAGACUUGUAUGAUUCGUGUGGGCAAAAUGCAACAGAUUCGUAUGCACAAAUUUUUACAUGACUGUAAUUAUAUGAAACGCGCGGUUACUUAG